AUGGAUGUAUAUAACAAGAGAGACCCCGUCAUUCCACGGCAGAAGCCGAUGAAGCUGCUCGUCCUUGGGUUCCCACGGACAGGUACCACCUCUGUCUGUGCCGCUCUAAAGGUGCUGGGACUCAAGUCGUAUCACUGGAACGAAGUGUUCAAGAAUCAGAAGAAUGGCCACGUCCAGCUCUGGUUGGAUGCGAUGAAUGCCAAAUAUCAUGGGAAGGGAAAGCCGUUCGUGGGCGAGGAUUUCGACACCAUGCUCUGGGAUUAUGAUGUAAAUGGCUCCAAUACCCCUAUACUAUACCAAGCCGGUUGCACAGCUAAUGAACAUAUUGUCCAGGCCGUAUCUGACGGACCAUGCUGCAUCUUCGCCGAUGAGCUCCUCGCCGCAUAUCCUGACGCCAAAGUCAUCCUCACCAUACGCACCCGAGAGUCCUGGCUCAGAUCGAUGCAAAACUCCAUCCUCGAGGUCCUUUCCUGGAGAUCCUGGACCAUCCUCUCCUACCUAGACCCUGAAUUCUCAGCAGGUUUCUGGGCCCUCUGGAAUUGCAAUACCGCUAUCCUGUCUAGAGGAAUAACCCCAGCAUGUAGGCCCGAGGCAUAUCCUGCGCUUCUAGAGACGUUUGAUAAACACUAUGACCAUCUCCGCAAGGUCGUUCCUAAGCAUAAGCUGCUAGAGUUCCACCCAAGUCAGGGUUGGGAGCCGCUGUGCCAGUUUCUCAACAUUCCUUUACCAGAAGAAGACUUCCCAAACCUCAACCAGCCUAUUUCUCUAGUGGAGAUUCACAGAGAGUUAUAUUGGUCUCGGUGGUACCACGUAGCACAGGGGAUGGUCAAGAAAGUAGGCAUGGUGGGUUUAGUUGUGCUUGCUGCGAUAUGGAUGAUGAUGAUAUGA